UAGGUGGAAAUUGUAUAACUAAUUUGUAGACGACAUGCGAUAGAUUGGAUUAAAUUUUGGAAAACAAGAGUUUUGAACUUAAUGACGUUGCAUUUUAGGAUAACAAACGACGGAUAGACGCACCAUGAAUAAAAAGAUUGUUGUGUAUAUAUAGUUACAUGUGCUUAUUGAUCGAUGAUCACAAAAGUCAUAGCUUCGAGCGGCGGCCGGAGGCAGAAAAAUAUGAACUUUGAGGAAUAUGGGCCGAAAGGGGAUGGAGAACGUCUUAUCAAGAUUUACAUACAGUUCAUCUCUUUAUUUCCCCUUGUUAUAGUUAAAACCAGAUGUUCUUAUCAAGAUUUACAUAUAGUUUAACUCUACUUUUAACACGCACCUCAAAUAAAAAAUUAUCCAUAUGAGUUUGAAAUUUGCACAGAUCUUAACUCUAAGUCGGAUAAUAUGUUAAGAAUAGUCCAAUAAUUCAGCUCUCAUGAGCUAAGCUAGCCUAAUCUCUAACCUACGAUCGCUUUCUCAAGUCAAAGUGUUUACUAAUUAACUAUGCAAUUAAGUCAAAUAUCACUCCCUAAUUAGUAUUAUAUCAUACUCUCCUCGAUCGUCUCAGAUUAAUUAUGUUGCACACAUCAUAAGUGUUGACUCGAUAUUUCUUACGAAAUUAUUAACAUGAAUAUUUUAUUUGUGUGUUGGUCAUGAAUCAUGAUCAUCCCCCCAAGAAAUGAGUAGCAAAACUAUACAUAAGAAACGGGAUUUAUAAGAUUAAGAGAAUUAUUAGUGAAGACAAACAAGCUAAGUCCAAGAGAGGAGGUUUAAUAUAUGAGUGAUCAAACAACCAGUUUAUAUACACACACAGAACUGGCCAUCUUUGUUGACCUUUUGAAAAUAAUGGAGAAAUCUUUGACACCCACAUGCAAUUUUCUGGCAGAACGUUUUAAACUAGUUAGGUGAGUGAAGAUACAUAGAAGAUGGUCGUUUAUACGAGCUGAUAUCAAUCGAGUUUAUUUCCUGUACUCUAUGAGAAUUUUUAUGGGAGUUCGUGUUUUGACUUGAUGUAUGUAUGAAUUUUAAUCACUUUCUUGUAGUCGAUAUAAAGGAAAACGUCCGAUGUUUAAUUUUUAGGAGUUUGAAUCCUUAAUGGAAAUGCUCGUAGCUUUCGUGAAAGAGUUGAAGAGUUCUCAUCAACUCGCACUCCUUGAUGCUACUCCAUUUAAGCAUUUGGGUAUAAUAUGAUCUUCGUGGGUGCCCUAAUACCAUCCUCCUUUGAAAAACUCGGAAUUACAACUUAUACUAUCGAGUAUUGGUCUACAGAAUUUUUUUAACGGAUAAUUAUUACUUUUAAGAUUCGAAACUUAUUCAUCACUGAAAAUCUUUUGUAAAUGGUAAGUACAUCGAGCAUGUAAUUGAACAUUGAAAAUUGAUAAGAAAAUUGUUUUACCUAUCUCUGAAAAGAAAAGAAAAGAAAAGAAAUGAUAGGUUAUGCAUGGUGGAAUAUUUAAAUAAGAAUUCAGUUACGUUGGGGGAUCAAGUGGUUUCAAAGAAACAGAGAACUAUUACAGGUGGAAGAUUCAUAUGCAAUCCCACUUUUGGUAGAAAGGAUCAUUAGGAUUCAGUCAAUGAUGAAACAUUAUUAUUAUUAUUAUUAUCUUAUUAAUUAAGGAUAUCAAAUCGAGUAAGGAAACCUACGAAGAGAAAAGAGAUCAUGUUUGCCAAAAUGGAAUGAACAACCGGCAAUUUUAUCUUUUUUAUUUUUUUGGUAACAGGCAAUUUUAUCUUUUAAUCUCGAACUUAUCCUAAUAAAUAUUUAAUAUUAUGAUAACCAUGGGAUAAAUCCAAAUCAUACUUCUUGGUCGGAUCAUAUCACUCACAGGCAUUACUUUAUGAGUCACAUCAUUAUGUAUACAUGAAAUUUUACAUUUUACUCACGAAUCCAGCUCCUUGAAUUUAUUCAAACCCCGUUAAAUUCAAUAUGGUAGGCAAUCAAACCCGUAAAUGUGAGUACUCGAUCGCUCCUAACUCAGUAAACACAGUGAUUUUUUAUAUUGAUUGGAUAUGAGAUGAGUAUGGCUAAACUUUACAAAAAAGUUUGAUGGACGCAAAUUUUGUUUCGGACUCCCCGCCCCGUACAAUACCCAUCCACCAAAAGUAUUUCUUCAUAUAUUAAAAAAUAUAAGGACCAUAUUCUAACCCUCAAAGAUCGGAAGGAUGUGAAUGAUUUGGAUAGUAUUAUAACCCUUUAGUGAUCAUCCAAACUAGACAAUAAUUUUUUCCCUUUGUUAAUAAGAUUGUGUUAGUUAUUUAUUGUUUAGUAGAUGUGUCUUAGUUGGAGAUGAAUGAUUUGGAUAGUAUUGUACUUUAUCUUAUAGAUUUUUUAGGAUUAGAUGCUUUUAAUUUGUAUUGAGAAUUAUUGUAUCUUUGUUGAUUUAAUAAUUUAUUAUGUCCGUUUAGUCUUAUAAUUGAAGAUGUACAUGUUGAAUCUCAAGUAGAGUAAUAUUGAAUAUAUUUAGCGUGUAUUACCAUGGGUAUCCAAGAGCACUACUACUAUGCUAUAUAGUAUUGGUGCUUUAAUGUACAACUUGAAGUUGUACCGCAACACUAAAUGUAUAAGUUUAGGUUGUACCAUAAAGAAAUUUGUAUCAUUAUGUUAUGGUACAACUUUACAACUUGAAGUUGUUUCAUCACAUAAAGGUACAAAUUCAAGUUAUAUCAUAAAAUAAUUUGUGCAAAAAGUAUAGGUACAAUCUAAAGUUGUACCAUAACGUUAAAAGUACAAUUUCAAGGUGUACCAUAAAGACAAAAACCUAUAGCACCAAUAUUAUAUAACAUUGUAAAAUUCCUCGGGUAUCCAAAAAUUGCGAGUAUGGGGAUGAGGUUGCAAAACCUCGUUGCAUGAGUAUGGGUUGGAUAGAAGUUUGAAUGUUUAGAAAUGGGGAUGUGAAUAAUUUAGAGAAAUCCAUCUCAAAUUCGCUCAAACCAGCUCACACCCAAUCAAGAGCCUAUUUUUAAUCCAUAAAACGAUUUUACGUUACAUGAGUUGAUUCCGAAUUUGAUACAUUUUUAUAGAAUUUUUAACACGAAAAUGAGAACAUAUUACAUGUACUUUGUCUUUAAGAAAAUCAUAAUAUAAAGAUUAAAGAGGUAGAGAUACUAUGAGAGUGAGUGAAUUUGACUGAUGACCAUCCAAAUUAUACAAUAAGCUUAUCCAAACAAAUCCCCCUAAUAACCUCAUUAUAAUAUGAGAUUCAAGCAAUGAACUUAUGACUAUCACUCAACUCCUCUUUUCGCCGUUUAGUUAAUUUUUUUUUUAUAUUUAUUUGUUUUUGGUAGUCUCGGUUUUGGACUUUUGGUCGUCUAUAUAACGCCAAAUCACUGCCCCAUUUCCCCAUCAUCGCCCAGGCAAAAACCACUCUCGACUCGCCGUCACUCACUUCUCCCCGUUCCCUCCUGAAAGAAAAUGGCCGUUACAAGCGCCGUCCGGGAUACCGCCACCGCCGCCGGCACAAUUGAGAUCCAAAACAGCCGCAACCACAACAAGCUGGCCGAUUUCGACCCACCCGUCAAACCCAAACGUAACAAGUAUGCCUUCGCUUGCGCGAUUCUGGCCUCCAUGACUUCCAUCCUGCUCGGCUAUGAUAUUGGAGUGAUGAGUGGGGCGGCGAUUUUCAUAAAGGACCAAUUCAAGAUCUCGGACACACAAGUCGAGGUGCUGGUCGGGAUGCUGAACAUAUACUCCUUGGUCGGCUCGGCCGCCGCCGGGAGGACUUCCGAUUGGAUUGGGCGCCGGUACACCAUCGUCGUGGCCGGGGCGAUUUUCUUCGUCGGAGCUCUGCUGAUGGGAUUGGCUCCAAACUAUGCCUUCCUCAUGGUCGGCCGAUUCGUCGCCGGCGUCGGCGUCGGGUACGCUCUCAUGAUCGCCCCUGUCUACACCGCCGAAGUCUCCCCUGCUUCAUCCCGUGGCUUCCUCACGUCUUUCCCUGAAGUUUUCAUAAACGCCGGAAUUCUACUCGGCUACGUGUCCAACUACGCCUUCUCCAAGCUCCCGGACCACAUCGGCUGGCGCAUGAUGCUCGGCGUCGGCGCAAUCCCCUCCGUCUUCCUCGCCGUCGGCGUCCUCGCCAUGCCGGAAUCCCCACGCUGGCUGGUUCUACAAGGCCGCCUCGGCGACGCGAAGCGCGUCCUCGAUAAGACCUCCGACUCCCCGGAAGAAUCCCAAUCGCGCCUCUCCGACAUCAAAUCCGCAGCUGGAAUCCCCGAAAAUUGCAACGACGACGUCGUUGCCGUCGCCGACAAAAAAUCCCACGGCGAAGGCGUCUGGAAGGAGCUCCUCCUCCGCCCCACACCCACCGUCCGCCACAUUUUAAUCUGCGCCAUCGGAAUCCACUUCUUCCAGCAAGCCUCCGGCAUCGACGCCGUCGUUCUGUACAGCCCGAGAAUCUUCGAGAAGGCCGGAAUCACAUCGAAGGACAAGAAGCUCCUCGCGACGAUCGCCGUCGGGUUUACAAAAACUGUCUUCAUCCUCGUCGCCACUUUCCUGCUCGACCGGAUCGGGCGGCGGCCGCUGCUGCUCAGCAGCGUCGGCGGGAUGGUCGCCUCCCUUAUAACCCUAGGGUGGAGCCUGGAAGUAAUCAACCACCAGGCCCAGGCCCAGAAUUGGGCCGUGGGCCUGUGCAUCACCAUGGUCCUGGCCUACGUGGGCUUUUUUUCGAUCGGAAUGGGCCCGAUCACGUGGGUCUACAGCUCGGAGAUUUUUCCGCUCCGACUGCGGGCCCAGGGGACGAGCAUGGGCGUGGCGGUCAACAGGGUGGUCAGCGGGGUGAUUUCGACGACGUUCAUUUCGUUGUACAAGGGUUUGACGAUCAGCGGCGCGUUCUUCUUGUUCGCCGGAAUCGCCACCGUGGCGUUCGUGUUCUUCUUUUUGUGUUACCCGGAGACUCAAGGAAGGACGCUGGAGGACAUGGAGAUUCUGUUUGGUAGUUUCAUUGGGUGGAGGGCUUUGAAGGUGGAGAGGUUGAGGGAAAGAGAGGCCCAAAAUGGGCGUGAAGUGGAAUUGUUGGAUAGUAGGAAGUAACUAGAAGAUGGUGUAAUGGUUAAUGUGUGUGGUGUUUGGGAGUGUAGUUAAUAAAAAUGAGCUGGAAACAUGGAAAAAUUAGUGGGUUUUCCUUCUUUUAUAGAUGACAUGACACAUGUUAAGCUCAAUAUCGGUGAGAAUCGUUAAUAUCAAUAAAUAAUAAUUCAAACUGAUGGAAGACGUUAAGAUUCAAUCCUUUUGCACAAUAAACGGGAAUACAAAUUGUGGACCUUCAUUAGUAGAAUAGGGAGGAAGAAGCUUUAUCCAUCAGAAAAAAGCUGAAUCAUAAUUAGGAUAAUGUUAAUUUCCAGUUAGAAAUUUUGUCGGUAAUAUGGACUUGGCAACACGAUACUUACUUGGAAGAGACAAAUGAAGGUCAACAUUUCAGUAUUUUAACUAAGAAAAGAGUUACAAAAUU